CUCUCUCUCUCUCACAUUCUGCCUCCAAAAAUUUCCCUCUCUGUUCUGGGCAGUUAAGCUGCCGCAAUCCCACCCACUAGAAACCCAUAAACAAUCAUUAAUCUUUUCCACUUUUCCUCGAAACCCAUUCCUCGAUUCGUCGAGACCCAUUUGGCUCUUUCUCCAAAUUUUUUUUUCCAGCUCUGUUGAUGCUUUCAAAGAACAGUUUUUUUUCUGAGUGUGUGCAUUUACCAAGACUGGGUUUUUAUGCUUUUGAUUCAACAUACAAAAAUGCCGCUUUCUAGGCUUGAGUUAAGGAAUGUAUACGGUAUGGGCCAAACCGAGCUGUGUAGAAAUGUCGAUCGUGAAGACCCCAAGGCGAUUCUCAACGGCGUUGCUGUCUCUGAACUUGUAGGGAUCUUGCGUCAGCUUGGUGAUCUCGCUGAGUUUGCAACAGAGAUUUUUCAUGGCAUACAGGAGGAAGUUAUGGCUACAGCUUCAAGAAGCAAUCAGUUGAAGAUCAGAUUGCAGUAUAUAGAAGCUACAGUGCCUCCACUAGAAAAGGCGAUGCUUGCACAAACAACUCACCUACAUUUUGCAUACACAGGAGGUUUGGAGUGGCAUCCUCGUAUCCCAAUUGAGCAGAAUCACCUAAUUUACGACGACUUGCCGCAUUUUAUCAUGGAUCCCUAUGAGGAGUGCAGGGAUCCACCACGGUUGCAUUUUCUUGAUAAAUUUGAUAUAAAUGGUCCUGGUUCUUGCUUGAAGCGAUACUCCGAUCCAACUUAUUUCAGAAGAGCGUCAAGCAACUUGGUUCAAGGAAACAAAAAGUUCCAAAAUAAUAACAAGAAUUGUAAAAUUAAGAAGAAGAAAUCAUCGUCAAGGAGUCGAGAUAUGUCACGUCUGGCCUCCAUUGCUAACCAGAGUGCCAGGAAGACAUUUACUUCAUUUAGUUUCAGUGGACAAACCUCUUCGUCUAAAACUGCCUCAACCAGUGACAUGGAACAAAGAUCUGAUCAGCAAGAUCGUAAUUCUCACUCUUUUGAUUCCAGAAGUGGCUCAGGCUACAUCGAAUGCCUUUCAACCGCAACCUCUUCAUUGAAGACUGGAGAAAAACCAAAAGUUAUAUUCGUUUCAUCCACCUUGACACCGGGCUCUUGCACCAUCGCUUCUGAAUGUGAAACCGAAGAUGGACAUGAUCGUUUUCAGUUUAGUCCUUCUCAAGGGCAAGCUGCUCGUGGCUCUUCUUGCGUUAGUUGGGAUGAGAAAGCAGAGAUAGUGGAAUCUAUUGGUUUGCAUACAGAUGAGGCUUCAGAUAUGAAGGAGACGAACUCUGUUGUGGAUGCACUAGACGAGAAAGCAAGCAAUGAAGAAGGGACUGGUAGAGUUGAUUUCCAUUCUAAGGACAUUCAAAAUGCUAAAUCAGAAUCAGGACUACAACAACAAACUGGGAUUGAGAUUGUGGGAGAACCGAGGGAUAGUGAACCUGAGACUGAAAGUGAAGGGGAUUGUUUUGUUGAUGCGCUUAAUACUAUCGAAUCGGAAUCUGAAACUGAUCAACGGCUCCAAACUAGUCAAGAAGUAGUGAGCAGUUCAUGUGGUCUUACAGACGAGAGAUUGGAAACAUCAGCGUGUGAGCAAGAAACAGAGAGGAAUGCCAACAGUGUCGAAGAAUCUUGUAGAUCAGUGGAAGGGCUUAUGGACUACGGUUUUGGAAAUGACGAGAAAUCUUGCGGUUUAGUGGAAAGGUUUUCAUCUAUAAAUGCAUCUGAUGAAAUGAAUCAUCAAGAUACACGGGUGAGUUCAGAUAUCAGCCGUUCACCACGAAAUGAUCGUUGUACAAGUAACAUUUCCGGUGGAGAAGAUAACAUCAUCGCAUUUACAUUUGUUCCGGCACCUGAGAAGAGCUUAUCUAAUUCUUCAAACUCCUUGUAUCAUAGUGACCUACAAGAACAUCAAACAUCAGAAGCUGAAACUUCUCGUGAUUUUGAAGGUAUUAAAAUAUGGACUAAUGGGGGACUGUUGGGACUGAAACCAUCGAAACCUCCAGUCUUGGCAGCGCCAUGUUCUUUAAGUCCGGAUUGCAAGACCAAGAAAAUGACAGUUGGUUCUGCAGGUGCUGAAAAAGACAAACCAGAUGAUCUUGUUGAAAAUGCUUCACAUAGACAUGUUCUGAAUAAUUCUAGCUUAGCAACUCCAGGAACCCAAAAUCCAGUUAGUUCAGAUAGAAAAGCCAUGAUUGUUGUAGACCAGAGAGAGUGCCUUGAGACUUCUUCAGGAGUUUUUGGACUCGGUCACAAGUUACUCACUAAUGGUUUCCGCAGAAAAGAUUCAUUUGCCCAUGAUAGAAAGACUGUACCAGAAACUAUUCCAGAGAACGAUGAAGUGACGACAGAGAAGAGCAGGUUUUGUGACCAACACAUUGAUGAGCAAACCUUGAUGGAUCCCUUUAGAGACGAAGCUCCUAUUGAUUGGAUUACUUCGUCACCACCUCUUCAACACAUGAAAAUAUCUCUCAAUCCCGUUGACACCCUUCAGGCUUCCAGGCUGAAGCUGAAAUUUUCAGAUGGGGAAAACAACAAUCAUACAUUUUCUUCCUUUCAUUUGCUUCCAGAGGCUGCUACUUCCCUUCUUGAUUCUUAUUCAGACGACGACACUUUUUGUAGAUCUUCUCCUUACAUGUCAGAUACCGAUUAUAUUAGCGAUAAUCACUCCUUGUCAAAUUCUGAGCAAUGGGAAGGAUCCAGUGACAGCCAUGAAAGAAAAGAGCAAGAGCUAUAUGAUUCCUUCCAUGAAAGUAGGCAUGUCGAUAACAAUGCUGAAGCUUCUUCUCUGGAUAUUGAAUCAGAAAGUGGUGGUGUGGCUGUAGAUUUUUCAUACCUUCAGAAUCCUGCUGAGCCUUUACCACCGCCAUUUCCACCUGUGCAAUGGAUGGUUUCUAAGAAAGACUCAGAGAGAUUUGACGACAAAACAAAGCAGUCCCUACAACUACAAGAUGCUCUCAGGUUCGCCUUUGAGAAGCAUAUGUCAUUGCCUACUGUCAACAAAGAACUGCCUGACAUAGUGACUUCUGCUCAUAAACGAGAAAUUAAGGUCCAUCUGAAGAAUAAUGUCAGGGAGGACAAACAAAGUGCCAACGAAAAAGAGUCUGAAGCUGGAGACUUCUUGCAACAAAUCAGAACACAACAAUGCAAACUGAGACCUGUGGUUAUGACAACGACGCUAUCUGCUGCCGCAACAACUGACCCUACAAUAAACACUAAGAUCAGCGCCAUCUUGGAGAAAGCAAACUCAAUACGCCAGGCUGUAGCUAACGAUGGAGAUGAAAGCGAUACAUGGAGCGAUACGUAAAAACCCUUUUGAUCAAAGAUUCUAAAUUCAUCUUUGUUAUUUACUUCCUGCAAGCAUUUUUAUUGUAUCAUAUCAUAUCAUGUCUAAUGUGUGGAUUGUGUAGAUGAUGUGUAAAUUUUGUAUCUGUAUCUUCAGGAAAAAUAAUGUAGUUCAAGAAAUAAAGAUUAAAGAAAAAAGUAUAAG